AUUUCAACUACGGCACGGAGGAGUAUGAUGCCGAGGGCAACGAGGAGCCCAAAGUCCCGCCCGGCGGCCCGGAGACUAUGCCGUACAUCGACGAAUCGCCCACCAUGUCGCCUCAGCUCAGCGCCCGCGGCCGGGAGGGUGGGGACGGCUCCGACGGGAUCUCGCCCACGCCCACGGAUGAGCUGAGCACCGUGGGUGACCAAGAUGCCGGGAAGGGCGUGGAUAUGCGAAGGCUUGUGCUCAAAGACUUCCUGGCCAGUGAGGAGAUGUACAUUAACCAGCUGGAAGCGCUGUUGCUGCCCAUGAAGCCGCUCAAGGCUACGGCCACCACCUCCCAGCCGGUGCUCACCAUCCAGCAGAUCGAGACCAUCUUCUACAAGAUCCAGGACCUGUACAAGAUGCACAAGGACUUCUACGAGAGCCUUUGGCCCCAGGUUCAGAACUGGGACAGCAGCGUCGUGCUCGGCCACCUCUUCCAGAAGCUGGCCAGCCAGUUGGGGGUGUACAAGGCAUUUGUGGACAACUACAAAAUCGCGCUGGAGACAGCGGAGAAAUGCAGCCAAAGCAACAAUCAGUUCCAGAAGAUCUCGGAGGAGCUGAAAGUCAAGGGGCCGAAGGACUCCAAGGAGAGCCACACCUCCGUCACCAUGGAAGCGUUGCUGUAUAAACCGAUAAACCGGGUGACCCGGAGCACCGCAGUAUUGCGUGACCUGCUGAAGCACACACCCGCGGACCACCCCGACUACCCGCUCCUCCAGGACGCCCUCCGCAUCUCGCAGAACUUCCUUUCCAGCAUCAAUGAGGAGAUAGACCCCCGCAGAACGGCAGUCACCACCCCCAAAGGAGAGACCCGGCAGCUGGUCAAGGACGGCUUUCUGGUGGAACUGGCCGAGGGCUCACGCAAGCUGCGCCACCUCUUCCUCUUCACAGACAUGCUGCUGUGCGCCAAGCUGAAGAAGACGGGAGCAGGGAAACACCAGCAGUAUGACUGCAAGUGGUACCUGCCCCUGGCGGAGCUGGUCUUCCCCUCGCUGGAGGAAGCCGACUCGUGCCCACACGUCCACGCCCUGCCCGACCACGACCUGGAGGACAUGAAGAUCAAGAUUUCGUCGAUGAAGAGCGAGGUGCAGAAAGAGAAGGCGAACAAGGGACAGAGCAGGGCUGUGGAGCGCUUGAAGAAGAAGAUGUUCGACAACGAAUUCUGGCUGCUGCUGAACUCGCCGUCCAUCCCCUUCCGGAUCCACAGCCGCAGCGGGAAAAGCUACCUGUUCCUGUUGUCCUCAGACUACGAGCGCUCGGAGUGGAGGGAAGCCAUUCAGAAGCUGCAGAAGAAAGAUCUCCAGACGUUCGUGCUGAGCUCCGUGGAGCUGCAGGUCCUGACGGGGUCCUGCUUCAAGCUGCGCACCGUGCACAACAUUCCCGUCACCAGCAAUAAAGACAAUGACGACUCCCCAGGGAUGUACGGAUUCCUGCAUGUCAUCGUCCAUUCUGCCAAGGGCUUCAAGCAGUCGGCCAACCUCUACUGCACGCUGGAAGUGGACUCCUUCGGUUUCUUCGUCAGCAAGGCGAAGACGCGCGUCUUCCGAGACACCACCGAGCCGCACUGGAAUGAGGAAUUCGAGAUCGAGCUGGAGGGAUCCCAGUCGCUGCGCAUCCUGUGUUACGAGAAGUGUUACUCCAAGAGCAAGCUGAAGAAGGACAGCAACGAGAUCGUGGACAAGAUCGUGGGCAAGGGGCAGGUGCAGCUGGACCCCCAGACUGUGCAGACCAAGGACUGGCAUGUGGAUGUGAUCGAGAUGAACGGGAUCAAAGUGGAGUUUUCCAUGAAGUUCACCAGCAGGGAUAUGAGCCUGAAAAGGACCCCCUCGAAAAAGCAGACCGGAGUCUUCGGUGUCAAAAUCAGCGUCGUCACCAAGCGCGAGCGUUCCAAAGUGCCGUACAUCGUGCGCCAGUGCAUCGAGGAGGUCGAGAAGCGAGGGAUCGAUGAAGUGGGCAUCUACCGAAUCUCCGGAGUGGCCACAGACAUCCAGGCCCUGAAAGCCGCCUUCGAUUCCAAUAGCAAGGACAUCCUGGUGAUGCUGAGCGACAUGGAUAUCAACGCCAUCGCGGGCACCCUGAAGCUGUACUUCCGCGAGCUCCCCGAGCCCCUCCUCACCGACCGGCUCUAUCCCACCUUUAUGGAGGGCAUCGCUCUCGCGGACCCCUCCGCCAAGGAAAACUGCAUGAUGCAACUUCUGCGGUCCCUUCCCGACCCCAACCUCAUCACAUUCCUCUUUCUGCUAGAACACUUGAAAAGGGUUGCUGAGAAGGAGCCCGUCAACAAGAUGUCUCUGCACAACCUCGCCACCGUCUUCGGCCCGACGUUGCUGAGGCCGUCCGAGGAAAGCAAAGGGCACCUGAGUCUGGCUUCAGAUAUCUGGUCCCACGACGUCAUGGCGCAGGUCCAGGUGCUUCUGUACUACCUGCAGCACACGCCCAUCUCCUUUGCCGAGCUCAAACGCAACGCACACUGCUACUCCACGGAUGUGUAGCCCCCAGCCCUGCGGCCAGGCGGGGGCCUGCGUGUCUCAGCGGAGGGUGCGGUGCGGACUCCACUCGACUUUGGACGCCGGUCCCGCCGGGGACGUUGCACUGUCCUGGGACUCACGGUGUCCGCGCUCCACGGACCAUUUUGUACACUCCCCACCCCUGCACCUCCCGGCCCUCCUUGCGAGCGCCGUGCCCUCUCCCUGCACCUCCCGCCUCCCGCACUUGUGUUCUGGAGUCGUUUUUAACGUAUGUCCGUUGGGCGGUGGAAAGGGGGUGAAUGACAGAUGAGGAUUCGAGACGCUGCCUUUACAGCCCGCCUGGGCCUUUCCGGUGGCCGCCACCCUCUGGGUUCAGCAGAGCUUCGCUGCGGCCAAGUCCUUCCUCCUCCCCUCCCCGCCUUGCCCCCGCCUGCAGCCCACACCGGCGCCUGCCCUCUCACUCGCUCUUCCCCGUGGCUUGCAUGUGUGGUGUCUGCUUGGAUUUUCCUGCUUUGGAGGCUUACAAGAAAUGAAGGGCUCCCCCCCCCCACCCCGGCUAUGCAGAUGGCGGAUCCGGCAGCCGAAUUCAGCCUUCCCUUUCUGCCAUCAGCCGGUCUGUCUGGAGGGUGGGCUGUGGGCGGCAUGGCUUGGCUGUUUCGUUUUUUAACGCCCAGGUUCCUUUUUAUGCUCGUACGCUGAGGAGCUUCCCCCUGCGAUUCCGGCUCGUUGCUUUGUGGCUGUGUGUGCCGGGGAGGUUAAGCCAGACUUCGCCUCCUCGUUUCAUGCUGUAAAGAAGUUUAAAGGUACCCUGAGGGCAGCAAAGGACUGGCUUUGUUUGCUAGUCUGAGAUGUGGCUGGAUGCGGGGUGUGUGUGUGUGUGUGCGCGUGCGCAUGUGUGUAAGAAACAGAAAGUUUAUCUCCGGCUCUAUUGUCCCCUUCAGUUUAUUUAUGGUUGACUUCUCCUGGGACUAAUUUAGUCUUUGUUGUUACAAAGGAGAGCAGCUCUUACGGUGAUAUCUGAACAUUCCCUCAAAGAAUAGUUGGCUGGGUGGGAGGCCACAGCCGGAAAGUGGGAGGCCGGUGGCCUUCCUCCUGUGGUCCUCACGACGCCGGCCCUGCCAGCGAGGCGGCUUGUAGGCCCCCCCAGUCCACCACUUCCGGCGACAGUCUGGCCCAACUGCGAACUGGGAGCAGCGUGGCUCCCUUCCACCCUGGACAGAGGUGGGAAAAGGGCCGCUUCUCCAUGUCUCAACCAGCACUGCUUACAGGGUUCGACUAGGAAGGCUCAGGUAGCAAGCAAAGGUGCCAUUUCAUCCCUUACAGACCCCCAGCUCCGCGCAGCCGGAGGAACACGCUCCUUGGGAGCCCUGCGGAAGCAGGCAGCCCGCCUGCUUUGACAGUGGAGCAGCAGCGCUCUGGCUCUGGCAUCUUCCCAGCCCUCUCCAACGUGCUCAAGGUUGGCUGACACUGGACGGCGCAGGAGCCGCUCUGUCUUUGCAUAUCCGUCUCCUUGUUUUAAAAGCCACGAACUGACCGUGCCAGAGCUCCAUUCCCCCGUCGCCGCCCCCCACCCAUGCUGCAGGCUGCACCGGCCGGCUGUUCCCAGCCUCCCCUGCAGGGGCUGAGUCCUGGGGGAGGCCCCUUUCCCAGCAGCGGUCUCGCCUGCUCCUUCACGGGGCUCUUGGUUCUCCACCCCCCCCCCCCCGCCCAGGUGCCUGGCAGAAACCAGCAGUGAAUUUAACGGGCAGGACUGCCCGGUCACCUAGCUCUUGGCCCCAUGCAGAACCCCUGCCAGAGAAGGGGCUCCAGCGCACAGCGCACAGGUUAAGUGACACCUGCUGUGCUUCUGUGCCGUCGAGGGAAAACGGCACGGCUCAGUUCAGGGACCACCGCGUGCCCAAGCACUGGAUUUCAUAGCCGGCCGGGGGGGCGUGUGGGGGGCUUUUUGGCCCUGCUGCACAGUGUAGAUGGGUAUCUACCUGGGUGUCUGUCGCAGCUGGGGUCGUUCUCACGGAGAGUGCAUGUCUCAGGGUAUAAUCCUGCUCUUAUUUAGACAGAAAAAAGCCCUACGACUCCCAGCAUUCCCCAGCCAGCAACGGGCAAUUCCCAUGACCUCUGGUUAUGCUGUGGGACCACGACUGAUGGGAGUUGUUGUCCCCAACAUGGCUAUCUGGGGAAUAUGGAGCGCUGCAAGCCAUUCUUCCGCCUGACCGUGCAGAGGGUUGCAUCCUGGGUCUCGCCAACAGAGGAAUCGCCCCGUUCCCCCAACAACGGCACUUGCCCUUUUUAUCUUUAUCCCCCUCCCCCACCAGCUGGGUAGGGGAGACUGGGACUCCUGGAGCUACAGCUAGACUAGAAACUGUUGACUGAUAUUUGACUUGUUUAAGGAUAUAUAUUAUAUAUAUAUAUAUAUAUAUUUUUUUGGUUGUGUUCUGUUGCAGGUUUUUUUUUCUCCCUGUAGAUGACAAAACUUUAAAAUGGAUGUAAACCAUGUGAACAGAUUUUAAAAAAAAGACAAAAACAAAACAAAAACAAAGAAGAUAAUAAAAAUACAAAGCCCAAACAUUUGCACAAAUUA